UUGAAUGUUGAUUUCCCGCGAAUCGGAAAUUUAUAUUUUUUGAAUUAAGAUAAUUUAUUUAAUAUUAAAAUUGGUGACGAAUCUUUCUGAAGUUUAUUUUAAAAUAAUAUUUCGUAAUAAUAAAAAUCUGAUAAUCUUAUUCCUGGCCCUUAAGUCGUUAAUUUGCAAGUUUAUUUAGGCUGUUCGUUUUAUUGAUUUUUUCGUCAAUAUUGUUCCAAAAAAGAAAGCUUAUAAUAUAGGAGUCUAUAUAAUAUUAAUGGCUAAGCAACUAGCAGAAGUUGAAAUACACGCGGCAGAGACUGCCGAAGUUGAUGAUGAGAAUUUGGACAUCAGCGUAGAUCUUAUUGACGAUGGACUUUAUUUGGGUAAUCUGGCCUGUGCGAGAGACCACAAGACUCUAGAACGUCUCAAUGUGACACAUGUGCUGACAAUAGAUCUGGUUCCACUACCAAGGACAGUGUUGGAUCGCAGUAAACUUAUCUUCAAAUUUGUCAAAUUGGCAGAUAUACCAAAAGAAGAUUUAAUAAGCCAGCUUCCUGAUUGCAAUGAUUUUAUUAAACAAGCUAUUGGUAGUGGGGGCACUGUGCUGGUGCAUUGUUAUUUCGGCGUAUCGAGAUCAGCAGCAGUUGUCAUAGCAUACAUAAUGGAGAAAUAUGGGCUUUGUUAUGAAGAAGCAUUUGUUCUCGUGAAGAGUAAGCGGAGGUUUAUUGGUCCCAAUAUAGGAUUUGUUGCCCAACUGAAACUGUUUGGACAUAUGGGGUACAUGAUAAAUAGAGAAGACCCUAGGUACAAGCAGUUUAGGUUGAAAAUGGCUGGCCAGAAGUUAAAACAAGUGAAAAUCCUGCCUCAACUAUUCGCGGAUCUAAUAAAACCAGACCCCGGACUCAUCAGGGAGAGACCAGACCCAAUAGUUUACCGAUGCAAGAAGUGCCGCCGCAUUGUCGCCAGCCAGAGCAAUAUAAUACCCCACAUUCCCAAGCCAGUGAAGAUCGAACUAGCUAAAAAGGGCAUCAGACCGCCACCCAGCAAGCUGACUGGAUUGACUUGUGCCGAGAAUGGGCAGUUGUUGAUCGAGAAGCUGAAGAGUUUGGCCUGCCAGAUCAUGGACGGUGAUGAAUGUGGUGUGUCGGUGCAGGAUGGUGAUGAGGGGCCCAGUCAGGUGUUAGAUGGAUACAACGAGACGAACCUGGUGGAGUCGAGCAUAGCAGCUCGAGCCGAUCUACCCACGGUGUGCCGGCUCAUGUGGUUCGUGGAGCCGAUGCGCUGGAUGGAGGACGUGGGGCAGGCACCGCAGGGCAAGCUGAACUGCCCCAAGUGCCGCACAAAGCUGGGCAGCUUCAGCUGGCUCAUGGGCUGCAAGUGUCCGUGUGGCCAGAAGGUGGCACCGGCUUUUUACCUGGUGCCCUCGAAGGUGGAGUGGUCCAACAUCGUGCAGAACGUGCAAGUCACCGUCUAGAACGGAUUUAAACUCAACAGACCAUCUUGUGAUGGACGGAUAUGGGGAUAAUUAUGUUGUCAGCGAUAAAACAUCAUUUUGGAACAUAGUAAAUGUUGAAAUAAAAGAAAAUGGUUUGUGUUAAUGGAUAUUUAAAAUGGACAUA